GUGGUCUCUAUGAAAUAAAUUUUGUGUUGAAGACAUAUGCUUGUAUAUACAUAAUAACGUAAUAAAUAAUAAAUAAAAUAUGGAAGAAAUAUAUGUCAUUUAUACAUAUUAUAAAGCACAAAUAUUUAAACGCACAUGUGUGUCGUGAAACUUACACAUGACUAUAGUUAACUACAAACAUUACCGAGCGAUGGAGACACUAGUGGUAAGAAGCCUGAUACAUUGGAGGGGGGAAAGAAUGUUCAUGCUUUUGAUGCAAUGUCGUGUUAGUAAGUGAUAUAUUUCGUAUAUCCAUGUUGUUUGGGAUUUGCAUUAAAAGUGAUUUACUUGACCUGUUGGACACAUUUAAAAAAUUAUAGAAAUCAUUGAAAAUAUUCUUAUUAAUUUUUAUCCCCGGAUUCAUAUAUGAAUUCGAUAGAUGUAAACAUAUAUUCAACUAAAUGCAUGCAAUGAGUCAAAAUGACAUCGAUAGAGGCGCAGAAGGGUUUUACAAGUUCUUCGCAUCUGCAAAAUCCAGCUAUUUCUGAAUCACAAAAGGAAAAUUCACAAUCAACAAAUCUUCAAAAGGAACAUAAUACUAUCGAUAGUGUUAACAAGGAGAAAAAUAAAAUUGUCACUACAGAUAUAAAAGACAAUGUUAAAGAUGCAUUUUAUACUACAAAUUGUGAUCAAAAGAAACAUGAAAAUGAGGAGGAUGUGAUUAUUUUAGAAAACAAUAAGAAAGAAGUCAAAUGUAAUAUAAAUAAAAUAGAGCAUAGUCAGAAUGCAGGGAAGUUGGAUAUAAUUUCUUCUGUUUCUGAAAAUGAUUCUAAGAUAAAUAAAAAUGAAAAUGCAAAAGAAGCUACAGGUAGAAGUGCGAAUAAUCUAAAAAGAACACGACGAAAUUUUGCUACUCAAGAAGUAGAUAUACUCUUAGAGGAAAAUAAUUCGCGAAGUAAGCGAAAGAAAAAGAAUACGAACGAUAGAUUUUGUUGGCGAUGUCACAAGGAAUCUGUAGAAGCACAUUGUAGUGCUUGUCCUAGGUCAUGGCAUCGUAAAUGUAUAGGAAUGCAACAAACAAUGAUUCAAAAUUGGAUAUGUGGAGAAUGUGCAGCUAUUUUGCGAGCAGAAAAUGCAGAAACACGUUCUACAGCUAUGUCUCAGCUGUCUGUUGAUCAAUUAUGUUUAUUAUUGAAGCAUGUAGUCGAAAGAAUGAGAGAAUAUCCUGGUUCAGAACCAUUUUGGAAACCAGUAGAGAUUUCUGAAGCUCCAAAUUAUUCAGAUUAUGUGGUAAAACCAAUGGAUUUAAGUCUUUUAGAAUCGAAUGUUCGGGCUAAAUUAUACGGUAGUACAGACGCGUUCAUGGCUGAUGCUAAAUGGAUACAACAUAACUGCAUUGUAUUUAACACAUGUGGUGGUGUAUAUACUGAUACAUCUAAAUUAACGAAUGCCGCAAAACAGAUUAUUAAAUUGGCACGUCAAGAAGUAUCUGAAAUUGAAGCAUGUCCUGACUGUUAUGCCCAUGGUAGGAACUUACCAAGACCACAACCAGCAUGGUUUAUUGAGCCCUGCCGUCGUCCUCAUCCACUUGUAUGGGCUAAAUUAAAAGGCUUUCCAUUUUGGCCUGCAAAAGCUAUGCCUCGAAUUAAUUCUCAAGGUUUUAUAGAUGUGCGAUUUUUUGGUGAACAUGAUCGAGCUUGGGUUUCACCACGAGAUUUAUAUUUAUAUUCAGAGGAUCCACCUGUUCCAUUACCACGAAAAAGAAAAUUAGAUAUGGAAGAGUGUGUUAGGGAAAUUACUCGUCACUGUCGAAAGCUAGAGCUUGUAUUUGGUCAAUUUAAAUUUGCGCCACCUAAAGUGCAAUAUAAUCCGCAUGACCCAAUGCAAAUAAAAUUAAUGUUACCAAAUUAUGAUCCUCUAAAUUCUAAUAACUGCAUAUCACCACAUCUCUUGGUUUCUAAAAAGGCACCAUUUUUAAAAAAGCGGGUCCAUGUUAAAAUCAAGUCGCAAAGUGAUUCGGAGAAAGCAGAUAAUUCUGAUACUGAAAAUAAGAUGUUGAAUGAAUUUAAUGCAGCUAACAAAGGGAGUAAAAUUGAAAGCAAAUCACUUAAAAUAAUACAAGAUCCUAAUAAUAUUCAUUUAACCGAAUCUGUCACGAUUACAAGUAAUAGUUUCAAUGAAUUAAUGGGAAAAGAUAGUAAAGAUAAUAUCUCAGCAGAGAAAAGUGUACCAACAAAGUUGGAAGUGGUGAUGAAAGAAGAUAUAAAGCCAAGCACAAGUAAAAUUAAUGCGAAUGAUGAAAGUGAUAGAAAUAAUUUAAUAAAACAUGACACAAACGAAACAAAUUUUAUAAUGUUGAAACAAAAUAACAAUUCUGAAAAUAUGGUAAACGAUAAUGUAAAGUCUUUAGAAAAUUUAUUAAAAGAGGAAGUAACUUCUUCAAAGAAACAUAUGAUAAAAGAUGUUCAAAUGCCCAAAAAGGAUUAUCCCUUUAAAAUGAAUGUUAAUAAAAGCGAUCUUAGCCAAAAUUUAAAUUCACAAAAGAAUAGUUUCAAAGGUAGUAAAAAUAUAGAGAAAGUUUAUAAACCAAAGACUAGAAUAGUCGAUAAAAUGAACGCCGAGAAAGCUUUAAAAUCUACUACAACAGAACAAAGUCAAAAAUCAAAUACGACAAAUUCGACAAUCUCGGUUAAACAGCAAAAUGAUCCAACGACCUUGAAAGAUGGAUUUAAAAACUGUAAUAGUAGUAAUUCAACAACAUCAGCAAUGCCAAUUAAUAAAACAUCAGAUGAUGCUGAUACCAACGGUGACAUUGAUACUCAUAGAAAAAAUGCUACAGAUCAAUCUGUCGCGCUCCUUUAUGUUGUAGGUGAUGGUACAUCUGAUACCAUGAAAAAAUCUAUUGAUAAUUCAAUUGUUGAGAAAGAGAAAAAGAGUGAUGUUUCAGUUCAAGUUCAACAAACUUUGAAAGAUUUAUCACAAACAUCAUACCAACAAACAAAAGAAAGUAAAGCUAGGAAAUCAUUUCCUAAUAAAGCACGUAAUUGUCCACAGCUUAUCCCACGCUCGUCUACAACCGCGCUAUCAAAUACAAUUGAUUCUAUGGGUUAUAUGCCUACUCAUGUUGAAAAUUGUGUAGAAUACCAAAUGCUACCGCCAGAAGCAGGGCCUAUUAGUGCCCGUUUGUAUCAUGGUGCUCAAGAUUUAGCUAGAAAAAUGGCUAAAUUAAUGGAAGAAGCAUACAAAGAAGCAGCACAAGAGAGUCAAAAUUUUGAAAAACGUACUAUGUCCGAAAAUCAUCAAGCAACAGUUCAUUUCUUAAGAUUACAAAUAGAACGUAUGAGGUGGCAGCAUCAGCAACAAUUAGCAGAGUUGAAACACAACACUGAUAGAAUAUUACGAGAAAUGAAAGCAAGUUUAGAAGCUGAACGAUUGCGUGCUAUUGAAGAAACUCGUAAAGAAGCCGAAGAAGAGAAGCUACGGUGUAUCGAAGAAAUCAAACGUAAACAAUGGUGUGCAAUGUGUGGUAGAGAAGCAUUAUUUUAUUGCUGUUGGAAUACUGCGUAUUGUGAUUAUCCUUGUCAACAAUCACAUUGGCCAAUGCAUAUGAGAACAUGUGCUCAAAAACCUUCAUUCACUACUAUUGUUACCAGUUCUACAACAAAUUCGAAUCAACAGCAGAAUCAUAAUAUCAAAGCAAUCAGCCCUACUAAUAGGACAUACGAAUUAUCUCAUGAUAAACUGAACAAGAUAUCGGCACCUCUAUCCUUGUGUUGUUCUGAAACUGAAGGUAGUGGAAAUUCAUCAUAGUAGUGGUAAGAAGCGGGAGGGGGGAUUAAAAGUAAAAGAAAAAAGAAAGAAAAAAAGAAGGUGAAACGAAGUAAAUAAUAUUUAUAUUUCAU